CAGAAUGAAAAUUACGGCAGUGUCAUGGACGUUUUCCAAUCUGGCGUAUCGGUCGGGCCCAGCUUAGGAACCGUCAUUGGAUGUUUGCUCAUGGCCUAGGUCGGCUGGAGGAGCAACUUUCUCUUCUUGGACAUCGUCAGGGCCAUAUCCCUGGUUCUGCUUUCACCCUUUUGCCAGACUCAUUAGCAAUGGCUCCGUACCGCGUUCCACGGUCUUCCAUGAAGCGAUCUGGUGCCUGCUAUGCGGGCAAACCAUCUUCCAGCGCACAGGCGUCCCACGGCUCCCUUUCCCAUCCGCCUUCGGCUCCUGCUGAUGAGUCGAGAGCGCACAAACUCCUCCGUCGACUCCUACAGCCGCUGCGGUCCCUCCACGUGCCAGAGGCGCUUCUCGUGUUGAUCAUCAGCGCACUGCCAUACACGUACUACAUGCUGACCAGCAUCAUCGCGUGCGCUUUCCAACACAAGCACGGCUUCACUAUGCUUCAGUGUGGCCUCGUUUUCCGCGCAUCCGGAAUCAGCAUUUUCAUCCCAACCGUCCCCUCUGUACCCCUGCUCGACGCCAAUUACAAGGCGGUGAAACGGUCGUUCGAACGCAGCACGAACGAAUACGUUCGCUUCUGAAUCGAAAAUUUUCGCAAAUAUCCUUGAAUAAGAACAAUAGCGAACUGUCACCUCGGUCUAGCGAUGACGCAGAGAAGGCUGAGCUGGCGAACCUUGUACCAGCACAAGUGUCAGAUCCCCCUGCCCCACACCAGAAGGAGGCCAGUCGUGGCCCCGAAGCCAUACUCACUCAACGGCUUCUGGCAGCGUCACCUGGUCCGAGAGUCCCUGCGCCAGUGCGCAACACGACCAGGACUAAGAGGCACACGUCGAAGCAGAAGCAGGGGUAAUAACUGCUGCAAGUGAACAAUACGGACGCCAAUGGCUUUCGUCGCCUGCUGGCAAGGGUUCGGAGGAGCCAGUAGAGGC